AUGAAGAGUUUUCUUCUAGUUGUGAAUGUCCUGGCAUUAUCCCUGCCUUUUUUGGCUGCAGAGAUUCAAAACCAGGAACAACAAGCAUGCCGUGAGAAUGAUGAAAGACAGUUAUAUCAGAAAAUAGUUCCAUAUAUCCCAAUAUAUUAUGUGCCGAAUAGCUAUCCAUAUUAUAGAACCAAUUGGUACCAAAAUAGACCAGCUAUAGCAAUUAAUAGUCCAUAUGUGUCUCGCCCAUAUUAUCCAAAGCCAGUUAGGCCACAUGCCCAAGUUCCUCAGUGGCAAUACUUGCCAAAUACUCACCCAGCCACCAUGGUACGUCACCCAAAACAACAUCCAUCAUUUAUUGCCAUCCCCCCAAAGAAAAUUCAGGAUAAAAUAAUCAUCCCUACCAUCAAUACCAUCACUACUGUUGAGCCUACACCAACUCCUACCACGGUAACAGUGGUGAAGAGGGUAAUCACUCCAGAAGCCUCCUCAGAGUCCAUCAUCACAAGCACCCCUGAGACAACCACAGUCUCAGUUACUACACCUACGGCAUAAAGACACUAAGGAAAUAUCAAAGAAGACAACACAGGACUUGCUGAAACCAAAUGACUACUUCACACUCUCCUUCAGCCAUCUGUCUGCCUUCAGUCAACAGAAAACGUGAUGUUCGCAGAUUCCGCUCUUCUCUCCUUAUAUUUUACAUUUUGCCACAUUCAAUAUUUUGAUUCUUGCACAAUAAAACCAACUGAUUGCAACU